AUGGCCACCUUCUCCUCCACCCCCAUCGUCAUUGACGGCAAGGGCCAUCUUCUGGGUCGUCUUGCUUCGAUUAUCUCGAAGCAAAUCCUCAACGGCCAGAAGAUUACUGUCGUACGGUGCGAGGAGAUCAACAUUUCCGGCAGCUUCUUCCGCAACAAGCUGCGGUACCACAACUUCCUCCAUAAACGCCAUAUCGUCAACCCGAAAAAGUCCGGCCCCUUCCACCACCGCGCCCCGUCCAAGAUUCUCUACCGGGCCAUCCGCGGUAUGGUCCCCCACAAGACUGCCCGCGGCGCGGCAGCUCUUGAGCGCCUCAAGUUGUUUGAGGGCGUUCCUCCUCCCUACGACAGGAAGAAGCGCAUGGUCGUCCCUGAGGCCCUCAGGGUGUUGCGGUUGAAGCCUGGCCGCAAGUACUGCACGGUCAAGCGUCUGUCCCACGAGGUUGGUUGGGGCUACAAGGACGUUGUGGACCGCUUGGAGGAGAAGAGGAAGGUCAAGGCUCAGGCCUUCCACGAGCGCAAGACCGCGGCCCUCAAGCUGCGUCAAAAGGCCCUGGCAGAUGCGACACCAUCCUUCGAGAAGCUGGUGCAGCUUGGCUACUAG